AUGGCGGGACCCACUCCUGGUAGCCCAGGGACCACUGUGAGCCCAGGAACCACCACUGGCCCAGGCACCACUGUGAUGACAGCGACUGCUGCACUACAAAGAUCCGCAGAGGCAGCAGUUGCAGCAGCCACAACAGCCACGGCAGCAGCGGCAGCAGUAGCGGGAGCAGCUGUGGUGGCAACAGCUGCCACUUCAGGUGGAUUCUCAGCAGCAAACGUGGCAGGAACUGUUUCAUCAGCUGCAGACGAAGCAGCUGCUGCUUCAUCUUCUCUUUUACAAGGCACAAUAAACGCAUCAACAGCAGCACAAGCGGCAGUAGAUGCAGCAAAUGAGGCUGAGACGGCUGCAGCAACAGCAGCAGAAGUGGCAGCAGCAGCAACAGGAGACAUGGCCAGUCUUGCAAAUAAUCUAUCCAUUGCAGCAGCAAAUGCAUCAUCUGCAGCGAGAGCAGCAGCAGAUGCUGCAGUCUUAGCAGCAAACCUUACAGAAUCUGGAAACAUAACAGCUAACGCACCACUUAUCAUAGAAGCUGCAAGAAAUGCCAGCCAAGAGGCUCUAGUGGCUGCACAAGCCCUCAGAGCAUUACUCAAUUCCUCAGCCCUUCCAGCAGCAACAGCGGCCACUGUAAGAGAAGCGUUAGUGUCAGCUGAAACUGCUGCUGAACUGGCAAAUGAAACGGCAGCCCAGGCCUUACAGGCACUGGACACAGCAGAACAAGCACUGGCACCAGGCGCAGGAAGUACGGAAGCGGAAUUAGCUGCAGCAUUAGCCGUAGAACAAGUACAAAAUGCCGCAGAUUUGGCAAGAGAAUCCACAGAGGUGGUAUCACAGGCUGUGGAAGCACUUCCUACAAUUGAUGCUGAGGUUGCCGAAGCUUCAGCAGCAGCCUCCUUAGCAGCAGCAGCAACGGCCCUCGCAGCCUCAGCAGCAGCAGCUACUGGUGCAGAUCUAACGGACCAAGUCAACACUGCCCUUCUAAGGGCAGAUGAAGCAUCUACAGCUGCUGCGUUAGUUGCCGAUGGACAAGCAGAUCCACAAACAGCUGCAGAUCUAGCUAGAAGCACCGCAAGUAAUGCAGCAGAUGCAGCACAAUCUGUUGCUCUGGCAGCACUUGGAGCUUCAUCACCAGGAAGCGUUGAAGAAGAGCUAGCAAUGCAAUCGCUAGCUGCGGCGGCGGCAGCCAGACAAGCGGCGAUGGCAAACCCUGGUGAACUUGAUGUUGCUGCAAGAGAAGUUGUGGACGUAUCAAGGGAGUCUUCAGAACUAUUUUCAGAGCUCUCUAGUCAGGUCCCAUCCAACCUGACUGGUGAAAUGUUAGCAGCACUUCAGAACGCAGAAGAAGUUGCCUCAUUCGCAGAAUCUACGGGAUUAAUCGCAGAAACGGUGAGCAGUAGUGUAGACCCGCAAGCCGCUGCACAAGCUGCUGCAAGAGCUUCAUCAUUAGCAGUGCAAGCAGCAGAUGAAAUGGUGGAACCCCUUUCUGCACCACAGAGUCCUGGUACACAAUCCCCUCUUGAUUUGGCCCAAGAAGCAGUGGUGGCUAGCUUAACGGCCUCAGCUGCAGCAGCCACGGCUACUACCUCGGCAGCAGCAGCAGCAACUGCAUCAUCAGCCAUCCCCACAGCCAGGAGCGCAUCGACGGCCGCCAGCGAAGCAGCGAGUGCCGCCACAUCACUGACCGCUGGUCAGGAAUCAACGGACUUUGCGGUGCUUGAAGCAAACGAAGCAGCCGGAGCAGCUGAAAAUGCGGCCGAUGCUGCCAUGACGGCAGCACAAACAUCUGGAUCGACCCUGGAAGAGCAGCUGGCAGGAUUAGCCGAGGACUCAGCCAGAACAGCGACAAAGGCGGCAACCGCUGCACAGAUGGCAGCCACUGUCCCAGCAACAGAGCAAAUGCUAUCGGACGCCCUGGCAGUUGCCACAGAAGUAGCCACAGAAUCUGCAGAUCUGACACAACAGUUGGAAGAUUUACUGUCAAGUGCAUCACCACAAACUAUCGUGGAGCGUGUUGAACUCCAAGGAUUGCUGUCUGUGGCGGAGGUAGCGCAGGUGUCCACAGAGUUCGCCAGAGAGGCAGCGGCGUUGGGAGUGAUGGUGGCCACAACAGGAAACGAGAUGGACAUCGAAGCGAUGAACGCUUUUGCCGAAGCGUCGGCAAGAGCCGCUGAAGUCGCAGCGAGUACUUCGGGGACAUUUGUAACGACCUCGCUGGAAACUAAUGGUGCAAACAUUGAGAUGCUGUCGUUGGCCGCAGCACUCGCCGCCGUGGCUGUGGUGCUCCUAUGA